UGUUACCCGUUGCUUUUUCUAAGCUCUGUUUGGCUGCCUCAAGCUGUCACUUGCCCUUCAAUCACAAAACUCUCUGAGCACAAACCGGGACCCUCAAACCCCUGAUUUUAAACCCGGGACCCCUUAACGACAGGCAAAACGACACAAUGAUGGCCUUUCGUGCAGUGCUACUGAGCGCGCUCUGUGUGACCCUGUUUUGCUCGUCUGUACGCGGACUGACUGCACUGGACAUCACCCUGUCUACCUCUUCUGCACCGGAGAACAGCCGAACAGCUGAACAGCCGGAGAGUCCCACGACUGAACCCCACGCUAACAUCUCAGCCGCCACGAACACCCCUGCGGGAGCCCACAUGGACGUCAGCACGAGGCUGGACUCCUCCAGCACGGCGGGAGAUAUUACUGACGGCUCCACCCCCGCCGACACGACCACGCUAAUCACGCCGGGCGGGACCGGCGGACAACCCCGGGAAGCGACGGAGGCCGAGGUCUCCACACGGAGGACAGGUCCGACCCUGCCGGGGCCCCAGGGGGAGAGACCCUCCAUGACCAAGGCCAUCGUGGUCAUACUGGUGGUGCUGGUCAUCCUGCUCAUACUCCUUCUGUACGUCCUCUCCGUGCUGCGGAACCUGCGCUUGGUCAUCUGCGUGCGGGGGGCCCUGGGGCGGGCCGCGGCCGGGGCCAGAGCCGUCCUGAGCUGGCUGGGGAUCCGGCUGUGGCCCCGUAAGAGCGGGGGGGACGCGGGAAGAGACGAAGAGGAGGACGAGGAGGAAGGAGGGAGUGAGCCGGAUGUGGAGCUGGGGAACGGGAUGGAGGCAGAGGACACGAAAGACAAGAAGGAGGAGGAGGAGGAGGAAGAGGACUCCUCAGACGAUUACUCCAGCACGGAGGGGUUCGACCUGAGGGAGAGAGCCAGGCAGAGAGAGGGAGGGGAGGAGGAGGAGGAGGAGACGAGCCUGAGCCAGAACCAGAGAAAGGACCAGGAGGAGGAGGCCACGCUGCUAGAAAAGAGUAAGAAAGAGGGGGUAGAGGAGUGUGACCUCACAGUGCUGUGAAAAACAGAGUAAGAAACAGAAGGGUGGUGUUGGGGUAGGGGGUAACUGAUGGGAAUUUGGGGGGUGUUCAGUACACAAUAUGGUGAGACGGUAGGAGGGGAGAACUGGCAUCAUCUAACAAUGCACUGAAUAAUUGCCAAAUAUUUGUAUGAUAAGUGAGUCAUUUAGUUAAUCGUAUUUUAGACAUUUUAGACAGGAAAGCUCAUGUGUGUAAAAUGUAACAUGUAUACAUUUUUAAUGGGAAUGCAUUGGUGACCAGCAAAUAAAUUCUGUUCAUGAGGUUA